CUUAUUGGGUGGCCGUUGUGUGCAGGGCCCAGGCGACUCGUAUAUUAGUGAGGGAGUUGGGAUUUGUAGUUAAGAAAAAGUAACUCCUGGGCCUUUAGUGAAUCAUUUAUUCGAGGAACAUUUAUUGGAUAUCAGCUGAAAACAGAGUCAUGUGCUAGGCUGUGUUAUUGUGGAAAUUCACGGUCUAAUAGGAAAGUUGGCCUGGUGGAAGAAUGGGCACAGGGAGAGUUAAGCUCUCAUGGCCUCACUUCCUGGAGGGAGCAUUAUUCAUUCACAGAAUAUCUACUGAGUACCUGUUGUGGGCUAAUCAUUGUUCUUGGUGCUGGAACCACAUCAGUGAUGAAGAGACUAACAUCCCUCCGGGAGCUUAAUAUGAGCAACUUUGCAUGCCUGGGUGUAAGCUGAGUUCCACCAGCCCUCUGGCACUAACAGAUGAGUUAAAGACUGAGAGAGUGGAGAUUGGAUUCAGAAAAUUAGCAGGGGGUGGGAGGGCAGUCAUUUGCUAAAGUGCCUCUGAGCCCCUGCUGUGUAAAGAGGCCUGGGUUGAGCCCACGCAUGUAGAAGGGGAGACAGGGCACAUAGGCGGAGGUUCAGAAGUUAAAAAUCCCUGGCCCAGGUCCGUGGUUUUGUUGGUGACAUCAGCCCCUACCGUGAAUGAGACCUGCCCUGCCUGCAUGCUCAGUCUGGAGAGGAGCACAGACCGCAACCCGGACUCAUGAUAGUUGCUAUGAUAGAGGUGGCACAGGUUACCAUAGGAACCCAAAGGAGGAAGGAGUGGAUGGACAUCACCCUGAGAAUGUAGAGAUGUUAUCAGAAACGGCUUCACAAAGGAAAUGCUGGGCAGGAGUUUGCUGGACAAGAAGAGGAGAGAACUCUCUUGGCAGAAGGAAUGGCAACAGCAAAGACUUAGGACUCAAAAACAGCAUCUCUGGCGAACCCCAAGUCAUGGUUCUGUCUAACCUUUCUCAAGUACCAGGGUGUUUGUGGUCAGUACUACUUUUACCCCGUUUCACAGGUGACAAAACAGUCUCAGAGGAAGUAAGUGGUGGAACGCAGAUUCAAGCCAAGGGCGGUCCGGUCCAGAAGCCUGCGCUCUCAAACACUGCUGCAUGUCUGUGUGUGCGUACAGUAGGAGGAACGGGGCUGAACAGUGAGGAAACUGUACAGGCAGACGUUGAGAGGCAUAGAGAGAGGUGUCCUUAGAAAGGGUGCAACUGGCCCUGCGGGUAAGGAGGGAGGGUGAUGUCUGAGGCCAGACUGAAAGAGGCUGUCUCUCUCACAGAUGCCCGGCACCCUGGGGCAGGGGUCGGCUACAGAACCACAGGUUCAUUGAAGACGGAGGCGUGAGCACUGGAUGCAGGCUUGCCGAUUGACAGAGGCUGGCACUACUCUCCCUCCCCACCAUGGCAGAGGUGGCGGCUGAGGUGGCCGAGGCGGCCGAGAUGCCAACACAGAUGUCACCAGGGGCGAUGGAGACGUCAACACCGAUGUUAGGAGAGAUGACGGAGAUGUCAACAGAGGUGACCGAGAUGACACCUGGGGAGGCCCUCGCCUCCUCCCUUUUCUUCCAGCACCACCAGUUCAUGUGCUCUGAGUGCGGCAGCCUCUACAACACGCUGGAGGAAGUUCUCUCUCACCAGGAGCGGCAUGUGCCUGCUGUCACAGAGGAGGAGGCGCUGGUCACCCAGGAUGCUGGCCUGGAGCCAGAGCUCAUGGCGGGCACCGAGGAUGGGCCUUUCCAGUGUGGGGAGUGCAGCCAGCUCAUCCUGUCCCCUGGUGAGCUCCUGGCCCACCAGGAUGCCCACCUCCGGGAGUCUGCGAGCCAGAUCCAGUACCAGUGUGGGGACUGCCAGGAGCUCUUCCCCUCUCCUGAGCUGUGGGUGGCUCAUCGCAAGGCCAGGCACCUUUCUGCUGCGGCGGCCGAACCACCGGUGCUGCCCCCUCUGCCUCCCCCGGCACCGGCACCUCCCCUCCCUGCUCCACCCGAAGUGAAGAUGGAGCCCUACGAGUGUCCCGAGUGUUCCACCCUCUGUGCCACUCCCGAGGAGUUCUUGGAGCAUCAGGGCACCCACUUUGACUCCCUCGAGAAAGAAGAGCGCAAUGGGCUCGAGGAGGAGGAGGAGGAGGAGGAGGAGGAAGACGAUGAAGAGACGGAGGAGGAGGAGGAGGUGGUGGCAGAGGUUGGUGAUGACGCCACGGGAGGCGACAGGGCCACAGCCGGCCGGGCCAGGGGCUGUGAGGACUGUCCCCCCCGCUGGACGUCAGCCGAGGCACGCCGGCGACACCGGCGGGCAUCCCGCGGCCCGGCAUCGGCAGCCCACCCCUUCCACUGCGACCAGUGCCAGCGCAGCUUCAGUUCGGCGAACCGGCUGCUGGCUCAUGGGCGGGCGCACGUCGGCGGCACGCACGAGUGUACGACCUGCUCCAAGGUCUUCAAGAAAGCGGCGUCGCUCGAGCAGCACCUGCGGCUGCACCGCGGCGAAGCCCGCUACCUCUGUGUGGACUGCGGCCGCGGCUUUGGCACGGAGCUCACGUUGGUGGCUCACCGGCGGGCACACACCGCCAACCCCUUACAUCGCUGCCGCUGCGGCAAGACGUUCAGCAACAUGACCAAGUUUCUCUACCACCGGCGCACCCACGCGGGCAAGAGCGGGGCACCCCCCGCGCUGGCGGCCGCCUCCCCGGCUCCGGCCGAGCCCUCGCCGCCGCCGCCACCGCCGCCGCCCCCCGCCCCGCCCGCCCAGCUGCCCUGCCCACAGUGCUCCAAGUCCUUCGCCUCGGCUUCCCGGCUCUCCCGGCACCGGCGCGCGGUCCACGGGCCCCCCGAGCGGCGUCACCGCUGUGGCGUGUGCGGCAAGGGCUUCAAGAAGCUGGUCCACGUGCGCAACCACCUGCGGACACACACGGGCGAGCGGCCCUUCCAGUGCCACUCGUGUGGCAAGACCUUUGCUUCUCUGGCCAACCUCAGCCGCCACCAGCUGACCCACACGGGUGCGCGUCCCUACCAGUGCCUGGACUGUGGCAAGCGCUUCACGCAGAGCUCCAACCUGCAGCAGCACCGGAGGCUGCACCUGCGGCCCGUGGCCUUCGCCCGCGCACCCCGCCUCCCCAUCACCGGUCUGUACAACAAGAGCCCCUACUACUGCGGGACCUGCGGCCGCUGGUUCCACGCCCUGGCAGGCCUGCGACUGCACCAGCGUGUCCACGCCCGAGCCCGGACCCUGACCCUGCAGCCGCCCCGAUCGCCACCUCCUGCCCCGCCCCCGCCCCCUGAGCCUCAGCAGACUAUCAUGUGUACGGAGCUGGGGGAGACCAUUGCCAUCAUCGAGACGUCCCAGCCUCUGGCACUUGAGGACACGCUGCAGCUGUGCCAGGCCGCCCUGGGGGCCGGGGAGGCGAGCGGGCUGCUGCAGUUGGACGCGGCCUUCGUGUGACGCAGCCGAAGAGCAGCAAUAAAAGAGUUUGGUGGCAACAACAAUCGUGGGCACCUCCGGGAGAGAGGGGACCACCCCCUGGCAAGCCACUCUGGCACCUGAUUGGGUGCCAGGAUCCACCCUGGCCUCUUACCCACUGACUCCUCACAACGGCCCUGCCGGGUGUGUCUUGUCACUUUUCUCCGCCUCAGGGUAAACUGAAGCCCUGAGACGGGACGUGAUCUGUCCCGGGUCCCCCCGGUGCGUUGCAGAGUAGCAUUUGCCGAGGCUCUUUGCUCUGCACCUGUCACCCUGGUGCCCAGCAACGUCAGGUAACCUUUCCUGAGCCCCGACCACGUGCCAGACCUGUGCUGGGCACUGUUGCAUACCUCUGCGGUUUCUCGCUUGUCCCCAAGACUGUCACCUUCCCUGGACCCUGGGCAUACAGGACUUGGCUCUGCCUGGUGGAGAGAGAGGUACUGGACUUCUCUGGGCUUCCUUAAGCUCACUUUUGACAAUACGGAAGGAAAUCUCUAGGUACCCACAUACUCAGCUGCAGGCUGGGUGAUGCUGGAACCCCGGGAAUGACUCAGACCCAGACCCAGGCUCUACCCCAGAAGGUGCUCAGUGGCAGUGGAGUUCACACAAGUACAGAUGGCCUUGCUCUCUGA